AACUAGCAACCAAGUCGAUCUAAGUUAACCAUUUGGAAAAUUGUAAAUUGAAAGGGCUCGAACUCGGAAUAGCUCAAGUCUUAUCGAUACAUAUAGUAGAAUAUAUCUUCGUUGGCAAAUAACAUUAACGAUAACUAAUGAUUUUUGCUUACAAUUUAAACACUAUUUUCUAUAGUCGCCUGAGUUUAAUUAGUUACAGCACACUCUUUUCCAUUUUCAAUAAUUUUAAUAAUAAUAGUUCGCUUCAGUAUAAAAUUCGAAUUAUAAUUCUAGUAGGCUAUAAACCUACAAUUGUCAUUCAGUCGUUGGAAACUACGGGUUCACUUCUCGUUUGCCAGCUAGCAAAUAAUUAAAUAUUUCAGUUUCAAAAAGCUGCAAGUUAAAAAUUAGUGAUGUGGUCUACGCUGCGUAAACCCAUAAGCAAGUUUUGCGGGCCACCAAAGCGCUAUGGACACGGUUAUUCAGGCGGUUGUCCUGGAGUGAAUUUGCCUUUCGGCUUGGACAGCCCGAUGCGGUUCACAGUGUGUUAUCUCAUUGCGGGAGUUGUGGGCUUUGGAGCUCCUUUUCUUGUGGUUCGCCACCAGUUGCUGCGCAAUGUGACUGAAGAGCCAAAAGAAGAGCAAUAAGUCCAUUGUUAUGAUGAUUUAAAACACUUGUUAAUAAAAUAUUAAAGGGAAUUGCACUUGGAA